AUGAGGUCAUACCAUCCGGCUGCUAAUGGAUUGGUCGAACGAUUUCACAGGCAGCUGAAGUCGGCCCUGAAAGCUCAGGACGACCCGCAGCACUGGCACGAGUACUUGCCUAUAGUACUCCUCGGCAUACGCACUACCGUUAAAGAAGACCUAACAUGCUCACCUGCCGAGCUGGUAUACGGUACCAGUCUGCGUCUGCCAGAACGCACCAUACUAGUAACAGCUGACGUCAAAUCACUUUACACCAACAUCCCACACAAUGAAGGAAUACAAGCAUGCAAAAACACCCUGAAUUCGAGACAACGCCUACACCCACCUACAGACCAACUCAUUCGCCUUCUUGAACUUGUCCUCACACUCAACAACUUCAAAUUUCAGGAACAACACUACAUCCAAAUCCAGGGCACUGCAAUGGGUACACCACUCGCUCCAUCCUAUGCCAACAUCUUCAUGGGCGAACUUGAGACGGAUAUACUAACCAACUCAAGACAUGCUAUCAUUGCAGGUUCUUGGAAGCGAUACAUCGACGAUAUACAAUUCAUGUGGUCUGGCUCUCCUAGACUUCUUGCGAAAUUCCAGGACACCAUCAACACUAGACAUUCCACUAUAAAAUACACAUUCGAAUCCUCAAAUUCAGAGGUCUGCUUUCUCGACACACUCCUUCAACUAAAAAAUGGCACACUUCACACAGAACUUUACAACAAGCCGACAGAUACACACAGUUAUCUUCUACCAACUUCUUGUCACCCGAAACACACCUUCCGCAGUAUACCAUUCAGUCAAGCCACCCGCGUAAGACGAAUUUGCUCUGGUGAUGACAGCAGAAAGUACCAUCUGACCAAACUAGAGACACACCUCACACGCCGUCAGUACGACACCAAUUUGGUAACGGAACAGAUCCAAAAGGCCUCCAUCAUACCUCGAGAACAACUUCUCAUCAAAAACAAGAAACAAAGUUCUACGAAUAUCCACUUCUCUGUCACAUACACACCAGGCACAUCAACAAUACCCUCCAUCAUCCAUAAACAUUAUCCACUCAUCGAACAGAGUGACACACUGAAAACCAUCUUUCACAGAGCCCCGAUGACAUCCUUCCGCCGAAGUAAACGCUAA